AUGGAGAAAGAAAUACCCUAUCAUUCAAUAAAUGAAAUACCAAACAACACAAAUCGUUCCACUAAAUCAUAUAUUUUUAAAAGUAUAUUAAGUAUAGGAAUUUUCUUGUCUUUAAUCUAUCUUUAUUUAAAUAAUUCAAAUUGUCAAUUUAUAACAAAUUCAUCAACAUACACAUCAACAACAAAUUCAUUACAAAAUAUAUCAAAAUUAGAAAAUAAUACUUCAAUAAGUAAUUUUAGUUUUAAUCUUAAAAAUUUAAAUUUCAAUAAAAUUAUAAUUGAUCAUGAAAAAAGAGCAGAUAAUACAACCACCACAUCAGGUUCAGGUUCAAGUUCAACUGGAUUUGGAGGUAAUGGAGGUCAAUCUUCAUCAAAUGGUAUAUCAAAUAAUGGAUUUGAUCAAUCUUCAUCAUUUAAUUCAUUUUUAUCAUCAUCUCAACAAAAUCAACAAUCUUCUUUUAAUGGUGGUUCAUCAUCAUUUAUAGAAAGUUCAACUACUGAAAAUGGAUUUGAAAGUUCUUCUUUUGCAACUUCAUCAAAUGGAUUUGCUUCUGAAACUGGUGAGACAUCAGCUAGUAGUUCUAGUAGUUCAUCAUCAUCAACUACAAGCUCUUCCAGCUCAUCAUCAUCUUCUUCAAGUUCAAGUUCAAGUUCCACAGAAGCAGAAGAAACUUCAGAAACUACUUCAUCUUCAAGUUCUUCCUCAUCAUCAUCUUCAUCAUCUUCUUCAAGUUCAUCAGAAAGAGAAUCAUCAUCAUCAGUAUCAAGACAAGUAACAACAUUAAGUUCAGUUCAAGGAGGUUCAACAAUAGUUAUAACACAAACAUCAAUAAUUUCAUCAAAUCCAACAUCAGAUUCAUCCCUGAAUAAUUCAACAAAUAGAAAUAAUGAUUCAAAUGGAGGAUUAUCACAAACAAAUAAAAUUGUUGUUGGUGUUGUAGUUGGAGUUGGUGGAUCAAUUUUAAUUGGAUUAAUUAUAAUAUUAUUUUAUUUGAAAAAACGUAAUAACAAGAAUAAUGAAAAUGGUUGGACUUUUUGGAGAAAAAAUGAAAAAUUAGGUAGUGAUGAAUUUUUUAAUGGUGAAUUAGGUGUUAGAGAUAGAAAUAUUAAUCAAGGUUCUAAUUUUUAA